UAAUUUUUAACGCUUUUUAAGAUCUACUUAUGUCCUUAUCUGCAGAUUCUGUUUGUUCUUCAUUUUCUGAACCAAUUACUUUGUCACAGCCUUCAUCCCCUCCAGUAUCUCCAGGAGUUAAAGCAAAACCAAAAUGGAUUAUUGGUGUUUGUGCAAUGGAUCAAAAGGCAAGAUCUAAACCAUGCCAGAACAUUCUUAAUCGUUUGAUUCAACAUGGAGAGUUUGAAACAGUUAUUUUUGGUGAUAAAGUUAUUUUAGAUGAAGAGGUGGAGAAUUGGCCAUGGUGUGACUUUUUUAUAUCUUUUUUUUCCUAUGGAUUUCCUUUAGAUAAGGCAAUUAGUUAUGUUAAGCUUCGUAAACCAUUUUGUGUAAAUGAUUUGCCAAUGCAGAAGGUUUUGUGGGAUAGAAGACUUGUUAUGUCUAUUCUUGAUUCUAUCAAUGUUUCUACGCCUUAUCGUAUUGAAUGUUCAAGAGAUCAUGGACCAAAAAUUGAACAAGGAUUGGCUGAUAAACUUUUUGAAAAUUUUGGAAUUAGAACUAAUGUUAUAAGAAAUAUCAAUUAUCUUAAAUGUAUUGAUGAAGAUACCAUUGAAAUUGAUGGAAAAAUAUUGAAAAAACCAUUUGUUGAAAAACCAGUAGAUGGUGAAAAUCAUAAUAUUCAUAUUUACUAUCCAAAAAGCAAAGGCGGAGGUGGAAGGAGAUUAUUUAGAAAGAUUGGCAAUAAGUCAUCAGAGUUUGAUCCAGAACUUUCAUCACCUCGUACAGAUGGUUCAUAUAUUUAUGAACAAUUUAUGGAUGUAGACAAUGCUGAGGAUGUUAAGGUGUAUACAGUCGGGCCUCAUUAUUUUCAUGCAGAAACACGUAAAAGUCCAGUGGUUGAUGGAUUUGUUCGACGUAAUACUUAUGGAAAAGAGAUUAGAUUUGUCACUAAACUCUCAGAAAAAGAAUGUGAAAUGGCUAAAAAAAUAUGCCAGGCAUUUUCUCAAAUGAUAUGUGGUUUUGAUUGUUUAAGAGUUAAUGGAAAAUCAUAUGUCAUUGAUGUAAAUGGAUGGUCAUUUGUUAAGGAUAAUAAUGAAUAUUAUGAUAAUACAUCUCGUAUUUUGAGACAAACAUUUAUUGAUGCUGCUCGGAAGAAGAAGCCGAGAAUUCCUUCUUUUGGUCACACAAUUUCAUCAUUGUCAUUAGAACAAAACUCGUGGAGAAUUAAAGGCAUGUUUUCAGUCUUGCGUCAUGCAGACCGUACUCCAAAACAGAAAUUUAAGUUUUCUUUUAAGAGUGAACCUUUCGUAGAAUUGCUUCAAGGGCAUACUGAUGAAGUAAUUUUAAGAAAUGAACAGCUUAAAAUGGUAAUAUCUGCUACAGAAAAAGCGAAGCAGGAGAAUUGUGAAGAUAUGGAGAAAUUGAAUCAAUUGCAUAGUACAUUAUUAAAGAAAAUAGGAUUCCUUGGAACUAAGGUUCAAAUAAAACCUAAUUAUUCUAUAGAAACAGGAAAGCUUGAAAAAAUUCAACUUAUUUUGAAAUGGGGCGGUGAAUUUACUCAUUCUGCCCGUUAUCAGUCUAAGGAUUUAGGAGAGAAUAUACGAAAAGAUCUUAUACUAAUGAAUUCUGAUUGUCUUGAUGAUGUGAAAGUAUUUACAAGCUCAGAGAGAAGAGUUAGCGCUAGUGCUGAAAUAUUUGCAAUGGCUUUUCUUGAUAAAGAAGAGCUUCCAUCCGGUUUUCUUGAAGUUAGAAAAGAUCUUUUAGACGAUUCGAAUGCUGCUAAAGAUAAUAUGGAUAGAGUUAAAAAGAAAUUGAAAACAUUACUAAGAGAUGAUUUAUCAGCACGACCACAGUUUACAUGGCCUAAGGAUGUCCCUGAACCUAAUGAAGUUAUGCGAGAAGUAGUUGAACUUAUGAAAUUUCAUCGAACAGUGAUGCAACACAAUUUUUCAGCGUUUUCUGAUAAAUUGGAUACAUUUCAGACACGAUGGUGUUGUAACGAAAAUCCUUUUCUAUUUAGAGAACGUUGGGAGAAAUUGUUUUGCGAAUUUUGUGAUUCUGAGAAGGUUGAUCCUUCAAAAAUAUCAGAAUUAUAUGAUACAAUGAAGUAUGACGCAUUACAUAAUAGACCAUUUUUAGAUGCAAUAUUUUUGCCAAAAGAUUAUCAUGAUUUUAAUAAGAGUGAAAAAUUAUUGUCUAGUGAUAGAGAAAAUGGAACACCUAGAGAAAUAGGUGGUCCCAAAAUGCUUCCAGGCCUUGAAAAGCUUCGAAAGUUAUAUCGUUUAGCUAAAAUUUUAUUUGACUUUGUGAGUCCACAAGAAUAUGGAAUUGAGAAUGAAGAAAAGUUAGAUAUAGGACUUUUGACUAGUAUGCCAUUGUUAAAAAAGCUUAUUAAAGAUAUAAAUGAAACUAAAUCAUCAACACGUGCUAGGUGCUAUUUUUAUUUUACCAAAGAAUCACAUAUUUAUACUCUUCUUAAUUGUAUAUUUGAAAGCGGGAUUCCAACUAAAAUUUCAAGGAAUGAAAUUCCUGAAUUAGAUUACCUUACACAAAUAAAUUUUGAAUUGUUCGAACGUACUACAAAUUCAAACUUUGGGACAAAAGAGCAUUCUGUUAGAAUUACAUUAUCACCUGGUUGUCAUUCUCAAGAUCCUUUAUAUAUGCAAUUGGAUGCAAAACAUUGUAUUAGUGUUGCUCCUAGAAAAUCUUUGACAAAACACUUGGAUUUACAAGAAAUUUGUGGAAAAAUUGAAGAAAAGUUUCAACGAGUUGAUCUCCCAAAGAGAUUUACGCCUUAUGUUUUAAAAUAGG